AUGGUAUUUUUCUGGAGAUGCAUCUUGGGAGUCCAAAAGUUGCUGCUCUUAUUACUUCUCCCUACAGCCUGGGAGGUGGGAAGCGGCCAGAUCCAUUAUUCCGUGCUGGAGGAAGCAAAACACGGUACGUUUGUGGGGAGAAUCGCCCAGGAUCUGGGUCUGGAGGUAGGAGAGCUGGUAUCUAAACUGUUUCGGGUGGUGUCUAAGGGCCAUAGGGAUUUCCUGGAGGUAAAUGUGCGGAAUGGCAUUUUGUUUGUGAAUUCUCGGAUAGACCGUGAGGAGCUGUGUGGCCGCAGCCCUGUUUGUAGCAUCCACCUGGAGGUGAUCGUGGACAAGCCACUGCAGGUUUUCCAUGUAGAGGUGGAAAUUAAGGAUAUCAAUGAUAAUCCGCCUUCGUUCCCAGGAAAGGAACAAAAGCUGUUUAUUCCAGAAUCCAGGUUACCAGACUCUAGGUUUCCGCUAGAGGGUGCGUCUGACCCAGAUAUUGGCUCCAAUGCCUUACUUACUUACAGGCUCAGCGCCAAUGAUUACUUUAUUUUAGAAGUAAAAUCAAAAAACGACCAAAGUAAAUUGGUUGAGCUAGCGUUGAAAAAUCCACUAGAUAGAGAGGAAAUUCCUGAGUAUCAUUUAAUACUGACGGCCUCAGACGGAGGCAAACCUGAGCUCACAGGCACAGUACAGCUGCUUAUCACAGUCUUGGAUGUGAAUGAUAACGCCCCCACUUUUGAGCGAUCAGAAUACGAAGUGAAGAUACUAGAAAAUGCUGCCAGUGGGACCUUAGUGAUCCAACUGAAUGCCUCCGAUGUGGAUGAAGGAAUCAAUAGGGAGAUAGUAUACUCUUUUAAUAGUUUGGCUCCGCCUGUGAUUAAAGAUAAGUUUCGUAUAAAUCCAGACACAGGAGAAAUUUCGAUUCAAGGAUAUCUGGAUUUUGAAGAAGUGAAUUCCUAUGAAAUUAGAGUUGAUGCUACAGAUAAAGGGACUCCCUCAUUGGUGGGUCAUUGUACGGUCCUGGUGGAAGUCCUGGAUGCCAAUGAUAACAUUCCCAAUGUCUCAGUGACGUCGUUGUCUCUGCCUGUAAUGGAAGAUGCCCCUUCAGGUACAGUCAUUGCCUUAAUCAGCGUGUCUGACCGAGACUCUGGUGCCAAUGGGCUGGUUACUUGUUCCCUCUCACCCCCGGGACCCUUCAUGUUGGUGUCCACCUUCAGAAAUUACUAUUCUAUAAUAUUAGAGAGUUCUGUGGACCGUGAGAACGUGGCAGUCUAUGAACUUGUGGUGACAGCGAGGGAUGGCGGGACUCCAGCACUCUGGGCCACGGCCAGCGUGUCUGUGGCCAUUGGAGAUGUGAAUGAUAACGCGCCUGCCUUCGAGCAGCCUGUAUACACGGUGUUUGUGAAGGAGAACAACCCACCAGGCAGUCACAUCUUCACUGUGUCCGCAUCUGACCCGGAUGCACAAGAGAAUGCAUUGGUGUCCUACUCGCUAGUGGAGCGGCGUGUGGGGGAGCGUCCGCUGUCAAGCUACAUGUCUGUGCACUCAGAGAGCGGGAAAGUGUACGCCUUGCAGCCUCUGGAUCAUGAGGAACUGGAACUACUGCAGUUCCAGGUGAACGCUCGGGACGCAGGUUUCCCUCCCUUAGAUAGCAAUGUAAGCUUGCAAGUGUUCGUUCUCGAUGAAAACGACAACUCUCCGGUGGUCCUGCCCCCGCACUCAGUGUCUGGGGCAGGUGGUGCCCCAGUAACUGAGUUGGUAUCCCAGUCGGUGUCAGCGGGCCACGUCGUGGCCAAGAUCCGGGCAGUUGACGCGGAUUCAGGGUACAACGCGUGGCUGGCUUAUGAGUUACAGCCUGAGUUGGGUGUUGGGCGCAGCCCUUUCCGCGUGGGUCUAUACACUGGUGAGAUCAGCCUAACUAGAGCUCUGGAGGAGACGGAUGAGCCUAGGCAGACGCUGCUGGUGCUGGUGAAAGAUCAUGGAGAGCCAGUCCUGUCUACCACAGCCACUGUGUAUGUGUCAGUGGUGGAGAGUAUACAGACUUCAAAGACUUUUUCGGGUGUUUCCGGGAUCUCGGCAAAGUCUGGCACGGGAAAAGAGACUGCGCUGGUGGAUGUGAACAUCUAUUUGAUCAUCGCCAUUUGCUCAGUGUCCAGCCUGUUGGUGCUGAGUCUGCUGCUGUAUGUGGCCCUUCGAUGCUCCGCACCUCCACAGGAGUCAUACGGGCCUGGGAAGCCUACUUUGGUCUGCUCAAAUGAGAUGGGGAGCUGGUCUUAUUCUCAGCAGCGAAGGCAAGUUUGCUCUGGAGAAGGAGCGGGCAAGAACGACCUAAUGGCCUUCAGUCCUAACCUCCCUCCGUGUCCUGUUUCUGGGGAAAGAGUCUCAAAGCAGGAGGCUGUCUUGGAUAGCUCAGGGAAG